AUGGAGUAUAAAACUAUAAAUGUCCGCGUGGGAUUGUGCUGUCACGACGAUGGCAUUGACAAGUCUGCGUUUGAUGGACUGCAACCCAACUACUACCACUUCAGCUGCUUCUUCAAGACGGGCAGCCGGCCGAGCAGCACCACAGACAUCGAAGGCUUUGAACUUCUUCGCCUCGAGGACCAGAAGAAGAUCAAAGACAAGCUGGCCAAGGCGGCUGCAGGCGGCAGUGGUGAUGCCAGCAGCGACAACGCAGACUUGACCAUGGAAUACGCCAAGAGCUCCAGGGCUGCGUGUCGCAAGUGCGAGGAGAAGAUCAACAAGGGAGAACUUCGCCUCGGUGUUCUCAUGGACCCGCCAGCAGAGGCGAGCUUUCGCGGGAAAGUGCCGUGGUGGUACCACCGCCGCUGCUUCAUCGGCGCCCUCUCUGCCCACAAGGACAUCGCCCUCGCCUCCCUCGCACCAGAGCAGUUCAAGAACCACAAACGCAUCAGCGCUGACGACCUUGCCGACGUGCGCUCGCUCUUCGACGCUGCACGCAAGGCGGCAGGCGUGAAGGCAGCAUCCGCCCCCGCCAGCAGCGUUGGCAAGGGGAAGGGAAAGAAGGGAGGAAAGCGUUCGGCGUCCUCUGCGAAGAAGGAGGCGGAGGAUGAGGAUGAGGAGGCACCACCACCAAGCAAGACAGCAAAGGGGCGGGGACGAAAGACUGCACAGACGAGAGGCAAGGCAACAGCGACACGUGUGAAAGAGGAAGCAGAGAAAGAAGAUGAAGAAGAAGAGGAUGGUGCUGAGAGCGAAGAAGAGCGCAAGUUUCAGCAGCAAGUGAAACUCAUUUGGAAACACAAGGAUAACUUGUCCGCGCUGUCCACGACGGCAAUCAAGGAUGCGCUGAUGGAGAAUGAUCGCCCAACCCAUGGAGGAAGGCAAAAGCUGCUGGAUCGGCUUGUGGACGGGCUGCUGUUUGGACAGCUGCAGCCCUGCAGCAAGUGCGGCGAGAACAGAUGGAAGUACACGUCCAGCGGCUACGAGUGCCGCGGACACAUCAGCGAGUGGGAACCGUGCACUGUUGUCACCCGCGACCCGCCACGCUCGCCAUGGAUUGUCACGGAGGAGAUUCGCGAUUUGGACGCAUAUGAAAAGUUCAAGUUCAAGAAAAACAAGCGGCUGUUUCAUCCUGCACACGUGCGCGCACGAGAGGAGGCCACGACGAAGGCGGCGGCCAUGGAUGACGAUGAUGGUGACGAUGACGGCAAUGAUGACGGUGGUGCUGAUGACGAACAAGACACGGGCCCACUGUCGGGCCUCUUCAUCGCCAUUGCCGGUCGUCUGUCGCAAUCGCAACCCGCCAUCAAGAAACGCAUCACGGCGCUCGGUGGCAACGUGCACACGGGCGCUGUUGGCAGCGUCGUCACGUGUGUUCUCUCGUCCGAUGCCGAGGUGGAGAAGGAGACGAACAAGAAGAUCAAGGAUGCAAUUAACUUUGGUGUUCCAAUUGUUUCUCUGGACUUUCUCGACGACUGCGAGAAGCAACACAAGUGUGCACUGCUUGAACCGCAUGUCAUCAAGUGCACGUCCACCAUCAUCGAACCGAGCAAGGAGAAGGAGCACGUGUCACGGCUGAAGAAGAAACACCGCGCCAAGAGCGGCGGCGCCAUGAUGGACAUGACCCUGGAUACCGAGCAGAAGAAAACCGUCGUGGUGAAGGGUCGCGCUGCUGUAGAGGAUCCUGAUCUCGCACUCACGCACCACGUCCUCGAAGAAGGCAAGCGCGUUUGGAAUGCGUCCCUCGCCCGCACCGAUCUCAAGCGCAACACGAACACCUACUACAAGAUCCAGGUCCUGGUCCCGGAUGCUGGCGGUCCGCGUGCGCGUGCGUGUCUGUAUCGCGCAUGGGGGCGACUCGGCACAACACAGGGCGGCACACGCAUCGAACACAUGUCCGUUUCUGCAGCCAAGAGCGAAUUCCAGCGACACUUCUCAGAGAAGACGGGUGGAAACGAUUUUCUGUCCGGAAAAUACUUCAAAGUUCCCAAUGCGCUCUAUCCUCUCGACAUCACUUACGACGACGUCGCAACAUCGACGGUGGCAAAGGGCUCCAAAACAUCGCUCGCCCGGCCCGUCGCCGAACUCAUUGAACUCAUCUUCGACGUUUCGCGCAUGAAGUCCACAAUGAAGGAGUUGGAAGUCGACUUGACUCGGAUGCCGCUGGGGAAGCUGUCGCGCUCGCAGUUGAAUGCGGCAAUGGAGGUGCUGACGGAACUGCAGAACAUCAUCCAGGACACCGCCCUCUCCACAGACGACAAGCGGGGACGCCUUCUUGGAUGCAGCAACAAGUUUUACACAUACAUCCCGCAUGACUUUGGCUUCAAGUCGCCGCCGCCCAUCAGCACGGAGAAGAUGAUCAAGGACAAAGUGCAGAUGGUGGAGGACCUCAUGAACCUCGAAGUCGCCUCACGCAUCCUAGAGGACACGGCGGGGACGGCUGGUGAGGACCCACUGGAUGUGUACUAUCGGAAGCUGAAGACCGACAUCACCGCCGUCGACAAGGACAGCGAGGAGUUCAAGAUGCUCAAGACAUAUGUGAAGAACACACACGCGAAGACGCAUCGCCAGUAUGACCUCGAAGUCGUUGAGGCGUUCAAGAUUGGUCGUCACGGUGAAGCAGAGCGCUAUGAGAAGAAAUACGGGUCUCUCCACAACAAGCGCUUGCUUUGGCAUGGGUCUCGCCUCACCAACUACGUCGGCAUUCUCUCCGAGGGCCUGCGCAUCGCCCCGCCCAGCGCUCCCGUCACGGGUUACAUGUUUGGCAAAGGCAUUUAUCUCGCCGACAUGGUGUCUAAGUCCGCCAACUACUGCUUCUGCACCUCCGCCAACAACACGGGCCUUGUGCUGCUGUGUGAAGCGGCGCUGGGAAACAUGUAUGAGCGGAAGCACGCUGAGUUUGUGAAGAAACUGCCGAAAGGAAAGCACUCCACGUUUGGCAUGGGAAAGACGCGGCCGGAUCCCAAGCAGACAAUCACAAUCGACGGCGGUGUGCAAGUGCCUCUGGGCGUUGGAAAACCAAGCGGAGUCGCCAACACCAGCCUCCUCUACAACGAAUUCAUUGUGUACGACGUGUCGCAGGUGCACAUGCGCUAUCUCCUCCGGCUCGACUUCAAGUUCAAGAGCGGCCGCUGAUAAGUAGCAGCAACAACAACAACAACAACAACAACAA